AUGCCUCUGGGUCACAUCUAUGGAUUGCCUAGCGAUGACAGAUUUUCAUCUAUUCUUCUUAUUCCCGUUUGGGAGAGUGGGUGCUCAAAUGGGAGAAUGUCACUUGAUAAAAAUAGUGUGUUGGAAUUCUGGAUUGUAUUGUGGAUUCAAUGUAAAGUGUCUCGAGGUUCAUUGUUCAUCAAUUUGGAAAGUCGUCCAUCUAUAACACUUAUGGAAAAUUGUGACAGCUCUCGGGCGGGCAGGGAGCAUGAUCGUCUCUCGAAAAUCGAAAAGAAGCACAAAAAACGGCUCGAUGCAGUAGCCCUGUCGAUAGUCCAGAUCCUCUUUACAGGUAUGAUCAGUCAACAUUUAGUCAUGGGCAUCAUAAUGUCUUUUUCUUAUAGUGUCAGGAAAGCAAAAGAUGGUCACUCGACUUCCACAGAAAAUGCAAGGUAG